CUGUCCGCGGGCAGGUGGCGGGUGCACCGGCCGCGGUCUCCCGGCUCCGCGCCCCUCAGGCUGUGCGCGUCCCGGCCUCAGAGGCCGCCUAGCCAGGCGGCCGGUGCCUUUUGUUUCGCGCAGACCGGGCGUUUGCAUCACAUUUCGGACACCUCCUUCUUCUUUUCGCCUAUCCUUCUGCUUCCCGCUCACUCUCCUCCCCACACCCGCCGCCAUCCAUCCCCCAGCGAACUGCCGGCCUCCUGGACUUCUCUACCCGAGCGAUGCCUCCUAUCCAGAAAGUUGCCGCCGCCGCCGCCGGCGGGCAGUGAAACAAAGUCUGGCGGGGCCGCCUCCCUGUGCAUGAGCGCACUGGUGCCCAGCGGCUGGACUCCACUACCGGGCGUGCAGUCUCCCUUCGGAAAGCCUGAAACGCGCCCAGCCAUGGCCGAGGGUGCGGCCGGCAGGGAGGGUCUCGCGCCGCCCGACGUUGUCGGGGGCGAAGACGACCCCCGAGUGGGCUCGGAUGGCGCCUCCGGGGACAGCGUGGCAGCGGCCCCUGGAUGCCGGUCGAGGGACCGUCGCAGCGGGGUCGUAUUCCCGGUUGCUGCAGGGGCCCCUGCAGACAUCGACGCUGGCCUUUUGGAGGCGGCGCGGGCGACCCCCCGGCGCAGCAGCAUCAUCAAGGAUCCUUCAAACCAAAAAUGUGGUGGAAGAAAGAAAACCGUGUCUUUCAGCAGCAUGCCGUCGGAAAAGAAAAUUAGCAGUGCGAGCGACUGCAUCAGCUUCAUGCAAGCUGGCUGUGAGCUGAAGAAAGUCCGGCCAAACUCUCGCAUUUACAACCGUUUUUUUACUCUGGACACAGACCUCCAAGCCCUCCGCUGGGAACCUUCCAAGAAAGACCUUGAUAAAGCUAAGCUUGAUAUUUCUGCCAUAAAAGAGAUCAGACUAGGGAAGAAUACGGAAACAUUUAGAAACAAUGGCCUUGCUGACCAGAUUUGUGAGGACUGUGCCUUUUCCAUACUCCAUGGGGAAAACUACGAGUCUUUAGACCUAGUUGCCAAUUCAGCAGAUGUUGCAAACAUCUGGGUGUCAGGGUUACGGUACAUGGUUUCUCGAAGUAAGCAACCCCUUGAUUUUGAGGAGGGCAACCAGAACACACCAAGGUUCAUGUGGUUGAAAACAGUGUUUGAAGCGGCAGAUGUUGAUGGGAAUGGAAUUAUGUUGGAAGACACUGCUGUGGAGUUAAUAAAACAACUCAACCCUACCCUGAAGGAAUCUAAGAUCAGGUUAAAGUUUAAAGAAAUCCAGAAGAGCAAAGAAAAGCUAACCACCCGUGUGACAGAAGAGGAAUUUUGUGAAGCUUUUUGUGAACUUUGCACCAGGCCAGAAGUGUAUUUCUUACUUGUACAGAUAUCUAAAAAUAAAGAAUAUUUGGAUGCCAAUGAUCUAAUGCUAUUUUUAGAAGCUGAGCAAGGAGUCACCCAUAUCACUGAGGAUAUGUGCUUAGACAUUAUUCGGAGAUAUGAACUUUCUGAAGAGGGACGUCAAAAAGGGUUUCUUGCAAUUGAUGGCUUUACCCAGUAUUUAUUGUCACCAGAAUGUGACAUUUUUGACCCUGAGCAAAAAAAGGUUGCCCAAGAUAUGACCCAGCCAUUAUCCCACUACUAUAUCAAUGCCUCUCACAACACCUAUCUCAUAGAAGACCAAUUCAGGGGGCCAGCUGAUAUUAAUGGGUAUGUUCGAGCUUUGAAAAUGGGCUGUCGAAGCAUUGAACUUGAUGUAAGUGAUGGUUCAGACAAUGAACCAAUCCUUUGUAAUCGAAAUAACAUGACAACAUACCUUUCUUUUCGAAGUGUCAUAGAGGUGAUAAACAAAUUUGCCUUUGUGGCUUCUGAAUACCCACUUGUUCUUUGCUUGGGGAAUCACUGCUCCUUACCACAGCAGAAGGUAAUGGUUCAACAGAUGAAAAAGGUCUUUGGCAAUAAACUCUAUACUGAAGCACCUUUGCCAUCAGAAUCCUACCUCCCAUCACCGGAAAAGUUAAAAAGAAUGAUCAUUGUGAAAGGGAAGAAAUUGCCUUCUGAUUCAGAUGUUUUAGAAGGAGAAGUAACAGACGAAGAUGAAGAAGCUGAAAUGUCUCGAAGGAUGUCAGUAGAUUACAACGGUGAGCAGAAACAAAUCUGGCUGUGUCGGGAGCUUUCUGAUUUGGUAUCUAUUUGUAAAUCUGUUCAAUACAGGGAUUUUGAACUGUCCAUGAAGAGUCAAAACUACUGGGAAAUUUGUUCAUUUAGUGAAACAGAGGCCAGCCGAAUUGCAAAUGAAUACCCAGAGGAUUUUGUAAAUUAUAAUAAGAAGUUCUUAUCAAGAAUCUAUCCAAGUGCCAUGAGGAUUGAUUCCAGUAACUUGAAUCCACAGGACUUUUGGAAUUGUGGUUGUCAGAUUGUGGCAAUGAAUUUUCAGACUCCGGGUCCAAUGAUGGACCUUCACACAGGCUGGUUUCUUCAAAAUGGAGGAUGUGGUUAUGUUCUAAGGCCAUCUAUCAUGCGGGAUGAAGUUUCUUACUUCAGUGCAAAUACAAAGGGCAUCGUACCUGGGGUGUCUCCUCUAGCUCUUCAUAUCAAGAUCAUCAGUGGCCAGAAUUUCCCAAAGCCCAAAGGAGCUUGUGCCAAAGGGGAUGUCAUAGAUCCCUAUGUUUGUAUAGAGAUACAUGGAAUACCAGCGGACUGUUCAGAACAAAGAACUAAAACUGUACAACAAAACAGUGAUAAUCCUAUUUUUGAUGAAACUUUUGAGUUUCAAGUCAACCUACCUGAGCUGGCCAUGAUCCGUUUUGUCAUUCUGGAUGAUGACUACAUUGGGGAUGAGUUUAUAGGGCAGUAUACAAUACCAUUUGAGUGUUUGCAGCCUGGAUAUCGGCAUGUUCCCCUGCGCUCUUUUGUGGGUGACAUCAUGGAACAUGUAACCCUUUUUGUCCACAUUGCAAUAACUAAUCGAAGUGGAGGAGGAAAGGCACAGAAGCGCAGCCUUUCAGUGAGAAUGGGGAAGAAAGUUCGAGAAUAUACCAUGCUCAGGAAUAUUGGUCUUAAAACCAUAGAUGACAUCUUUAAAAUAGCAGUUCAUCCCUUACGAGAAGCCAUAGAUAUGAGAGAAAAUAUGCAGAAUGCCAUAGUGUCUAUUAAGGAACUGUGUGGACUUCCUCCAAUUGCCAGUCUGAAGCAGUGCCUGUUGACUCUGUCCUCUCGGCUCAUCACCAGUGACAAUACUCCCUCAGUCUCUCUUGUGAUGAAAGACAACUUUCCUUAUCUGGAGGCUCUGGGGGCAAUUCCAGAUGUGCAGAAAAAGAUGCUGGCUGCUUAUGAUCUGAUGAUUCAAGAGAGCCGGUUUCUCAUAGAAAUGGCUGACACAGUCCAGGAAAAGAUUGUGCAGUGUCAGAAAGCAGGGAUGGAGUUCCAUGAGGAACUUCAUAAUCUAGGGGCAAAAGAAGGCUUGAAAGGAAGAAAACUCAAUAAGGCAACUGAAAGCUUUGCUUGGAAUAUUACAGUAUUGAAGGGUCAAGGAGAUCUGCUGAAGAAUGCAAAGAAUGAAGCUAUAGAAAACAUGAAGCAGAUCCAGCUGGCGUGCUUGUCUUGUGGACUUAGUAAAGCCCCCAGCAGCAGUGCCGAGACCAAGAGCAAGCGCAGCCUGGAAGCCAUCGAGGAGAAGGAAAGCGGCGAGGAGAAUGGAAAGCUGUGACCCUGAGCAUAUCCGUGCAUUCCCUCGUCCUUUCAGUCAAAGACUCUGAUUUUCUUUCUGGUCUUUCCUUCAGCUUUUUAGAUGUUCACAAAAAGAUGCCCUCUAUGAACAUAAACAGAUAUUUUCACAAUGUCAGUAUUUUAAUGUAGUUAAUUUAUCUAAGUUAAAAUGUUUAGUAGCAGUGUUUUAAAUUCUGAGAUUGUGUAUACACCCAGGUAUAGAUGUUGGUGGAAGUGUGUGUGUGUGUGUGUGUGUGUGUGUUGUGUGUGUGUGUCUGUCUCAGAGAAUGAGAGAGAGAGAGAGAGAGAGAGAGAGAGAGAAGGGGAGAGAGGUUGAAGUCCUGUUAAAAUCAAUUCUGUGUUGCAUUAUUCAUUUAGUAAGUUAUUACUGUACCAUUUUGGGAAAAAUUUAUUAAUCUAAAUUCUAAAGAGCAUUCACUAUAAUCUAUUGCUGUGUAACUUUACUUCUCUACCUUCAUCGUUUAAUUUAGAGAUGUUAACAGCUUAUUAUUGAAGGAUGCCAAAUUUUCAAAUUCAUAGAUGUUUUGAUAGAUUAAAUAUAGAUUAGAAAAAUUUCUAAUUAUCACAGUAGAAAUAAAAGUGAAUGAAAGAUAAACAAAUAAUCAGAAUUUCUGGGAAGAUCAGCAAAGUCAUUUCAGUUAGCAAACUCUUAAAAAUAUUUAUUAAAUAAAAUCAAUUUUUAGAAAGCUUUUUAUAGUUGUUUACUAAACAGAUAUGAUUUCAAUGGAAAAGCUGAUCAUAAGUGAAUUUAUACCCACCUAUGUGGUACUAUAAAACACAGUAAAAGCUCUUUUGUAAUUAGAAUUUUGAUGUGACAAUAUUAUUCAGUUAUGAGAUUUCAAGGUUGAGAUUUGUAGGAAGGUCUCAUUCUUCCAAAGUGGCAGAAUAGCAUUCAUUCUUUUUUUUUUGUAGCAGACAUGGGCAGCUAAGGGGUCUUGGCUUUGAUAGCAUUAAAUUUAGAGUACUAAAUUUAAAUUUAAAGACAUUAUUCAAACAAUACCAUAUGAUUACAUUGAGCUGAUGUAAAUUCUGUGAGUCAGAUAACAUCUUCAUGUUGAUUUAAGAACUAACUGAUUGCAAAACGUCUAUGAUAUAAUUUUAACACAUGCAGAAAAACAAAAAAAAGCAAAUGACUAAUAAGAAUACAUUUAUAAUUGCAUCUAGAUAAUUUUUGCCCUGAUAUUUUCGUAAAAUACUUGAGUGUAAUAUGUUUGUUACCUCCAACAGAACUAAAUGUUCUAUGGUUAUGAAAAUAUAUUUAUUUAAAACAUUGCUUUUAUUUUGAAAAGCUUCUUAAUUAAUUUGAUUAACAAAUAUGCUAAUUUGGGGGAACCUAAGGGAAAUAAUUGUUGAAAUUUUGCAAAUAUAAACAUCUUCUAUAGCUACUGUGUUAAGUUAUUUCUGACUUCUUAACACUAUUAUGUUCAUGUUGCACAUUACUGAAAAAGUAAAGAUAU